AUUAGUAAACAUAAGCCGCUGUCUUGGGGCGAGUCUUCAGUGCAAAAUACCAGAAGCCACUUGGAAAGAGUCCCUACAUGAAGCAAGACAGCUUCUCUGAAAUGGUGGGACAGGAGUGGCGGUGAGAUGAAGAGCUCCUAAUAUAGUGUUUACGGGUGUUGUCUAGUGCUUCAGAAUUUUGAGAGGCGACGUACUUUAACCGGAAACCACCUGGAGUGACAGAGAGUAGCAAGGUUUUAUUUUGAACCUUCAGAAAGAAAGGGCAUUACAGAGGAGUUUUCAAAUAAAUCCCUUGUUCUUCAAGGCUGAAAAGGUUCCAAAAUGAAUCCCUUUAGGGUGUUUCUAUGUGAAACCAAACACCUGUUUAUACGGAUGUACAGACUAAAGACAUGAAGCGCCUUGAAGGCUACCUUGCUGUGUGGCGUCAAUGGAGGGCUGCUUGCAGUCCUGUGCAAUGUGCCCGGUGGUGCCGCAGUUGUAGCGGGAGAUGUUGCCAUUCUUCUUGUUGAUGCCCCCCACGCCUGCCAUGGCCACGCCGGCACCCUGCAUGGAGCCCAUGGUGGUUGGGUACACCUGCGGGUAGAAGCCCCUGAAGGCCGCCAUCUGCUGAGGUAGCUGUUGCUGCAGAGGGAGGAGAGUGGGAAGAUGUGUGGCAUCUGCUGGAAAACCUGCCUCGCCAGCGCCAUCAGGUGGAAGUAGUAACUGGACACCGGGGCCCCCGAGCCGCUCUCGGAUCCCGCUUAGCAACGUGUCAUGGUUAAAAGAAAUAAGGUGGCGGAGGUGAGCUGCAACAUUCAUUUCAUUUUACGAUGAUUUCCUCAAUAACAUAGCACAACUGUGGCAUAAAAGCAAAGUCAAACUGGAGAUAUGGCGAUGGCGUAGUCAUUGAACAUCGGCAGACUGAACAUGCAACUGCCUCACACCAGUUUUUCUGAUAGCAAGGGUAACCACACAACCAUAAAACGCCCACAAACCCAGACGGUUCUUUUCUGACAGCCGUUGUCUGUCCCUCCUUCUCGAUACAUGGACUUUGUAGUAUGAAGCAACAGUUUCUCAUGAACACACCCUAACGUAAUUGGCUGUCCACGAGGCACGUUCCAGCUGGAUGUGGCAGCGUGGGUUUGGUUGGGUUUCCAGUGUCCUUUGAAUUGGGAAAUAUCUUUCAAAAGAAUUGUUUAAAAAAAAAAAACCGCUUUCCAAAGAAUCAUUUUCCCGUUCACCUCAGGGUUCAAUAUAUAUUAGCCUAUCUAUUCUCAAUACAAUAAUAUUAAUAAAAAACAGGUUUCACACAGCCUGUGUUAGAGAGCACUCUGUUCUCAGGCAACUUACCUAAGGAAUCAAGAAAAUAAUUUUUGUCUGAAUUUUAGGUAUGUGUUUUUUUAUUACCAAGACAAAAUUAAUUGAUUAAUUAUAACUUAUAACUUUCAGAGUUUAGAACCAACAAACUAUAUUGGUUCUUCCAAUCAGUUUUGAGCUGAUUAGGUGGUUAGGCCAAGACUAGUUCUGAUUGCAGUUGACCUGGUAAUGUUCAAAAAGGUGCUUAACUGCAGGUCUGUUCUCAAACUCAGAGAAAACAUCAGAGCCUGAUUUCUGAUCAGAUAUUCUGGAUGUUUUGGAGAUUUUUCUAACUUUCAGUUCACAUCAGCCAUACUUUUAAGAUUGUAGAAAGAUGGCAAUGAUUUUUUGCAUUUUUACUUCUUUUAACCUCAAUCCAGAGGACAACUGCAACAGCAAACUCAGUGGCAUAAAGAAUAAUGCAAUGUGAUAAUGGUGUGAAAAUGUAAGGUAUACAUUACAACAGUUAUACAGUAUACAUUACCACAGUUUUAUUAAGUAAAAAAAAGUCUCAGACAUUUCCUGAGAACUACUAGAUGUACAGAGUCCAGAGAGCAGACUCUGUACAUCUAGUAGUUCUCAGGAAAUGUCUGAGUUGCAUUAGCCAACCUGUUCCAUGGAAUAGGGGAGUGGCUGAGCAUGCAGUGGAAUAUAAAUUUGGGAAGUGAGGUGAGAAUGACAUUCACAUCUCUGCGUUGCUGGUGAAAAAUCACUUGAUACCAGAAGCGAAAUACAUUUUAACGGUCAGACAAUGGAGGCACUGGCAGCAGCAAACGCAAACUUCUCUCUUGAACUUUUCAAGAAGAUCACGGAGAUCACGAAGGCCAAGAACACCGGCAAUGUGUUCUCCUCACCACUCAGCAUCUCUUCUGCGUUGGCCAUGGUCUCUCUCGGAGCCAAGGGAAAUACUGAAGUCCAAAUCAAUGAGACCCUGAACCUUAACAAAGUUGAGGGUGAUGUCCAUGUUGGCUUCAACAAGCUCUUCGCUGAACUCAACAAAGACGGAGCCUCAUAUGCACUGAGUCUGGCUAAUCGCCUGUAUGGAGAGAAGACCUACAAGUUUGUUGAGAAAUUCCUUGCUGACACUAAGACACUCUACCUUGCCGAGUUGGAGGCUGUUGACUUCAUCUCAAAUACAGAGGCGGCCCGAGUAAAAAUCAACAAAUGGGUGGAGAAAAAGACACAAUCAUCAAUCAGUGAUCUGUUGGCUGAAGGGAUUUUGGGUACUGACGCAAGACUUGUGCUGGUAAACGCCACCUACUUCAAAGGCAACUGGGAGAAGAAGUUCAACAGUGUCAAGACCACUGAAGUACAAUUUAAGAUCAACAAGAAUGAAAGUAAGCCUGUGCAAAUGAUGCAUCAGACAACUUUGUUCACCUUAACCUACGUCCCUGAUGUCGACUGCCAGAUUCUGGAACUCCCCUAUGAGGGUAAAGACAUGAGCAUGCUCGUUAUGCUCCCAAACAACAUGGAGGACAAUCCCACUGGACUGGAGAAGCUGGAGCAGAUGCUCACGUAUGACAAACUUGUGGAGUGGACCAGGCCUGACAUGAUGCACACCGUGUGGGCCCAGGUGAAUCUCCCCAAGUUCAAGCUGGAAGAGACCUAUGAUCUCAAGGACAUCCUGGUCAGCAUGGGCAUGGUGGAUGCCUUUAGCCCCCAGAAGUGUGACUUCUCCGGCAUGUCCUGCGACAAUCUGGUUCUGUCCAAGGUCGUGCACAAGUCCUUUGUGGAAGUGAACGAGGAGGGCACUGUGGCAGGCGCAGCUACAGCUGCCAUCAUAAGGCUGGGCUCUGUCGGGAAGCCCCCAGAGAGGUUCAUGGCGGACCACCCCUUCCUCUUCUUCAUCCGACACAACCCAACACAGAGCAUCCUCUUCUAUGGCCGCUACAGCUCCCCUUAAGCUGAGGCUAGAGUGGUAAAGAAGUCUACAUAGAAAUAUGUCUCAGGAAUGUAUGAAGAGAUCCUGUGUCUGACUAGCUACCUGUAACCUAAAGUCUUAAUAUAAAUUUGAAUUUUUCUUCUCAUUGGACAAUAGUCUUAUACUGGAUGCUUUAAGAAUGUUACUCUACCUAACUGUAUGAACCUGGGAGAGGCAGUUGUAACACGAGCACUACUUGCAGCCAAAGAUAUUUAAACAAUCCGUAUGUGGUUAUUGACUUGUUAUACCAUGUCACAUGUCAAAUAAAUCUGCUCGAAAUAUA